GUCAGAGUUCACGCACAGCUCCGGGACCCAUUUCCUCGUCUGCCCCAGCAUAUUAUUUCAGUUCCUUGGGCUCUCUGUGUGGGGCUGGGACCCCUGGUUCGCUGCAUGGCAUCUGUUGGGACAUGCUGAAUCCUUAAGGUCCCUGCCCAGAAUGUUCCCAUGGCGACGCAGUGGCGGCUCUGUGUGUGCAGCCUGGGGAUCCUCCUCCUGGCUCCGUAUUCUCUCUCUGAGGAAUUUUCCCUGGCUGGCUCCCCGCGCCCUGUGGUGGGGAUAAUUGGUCAGGAUGUGGUGUUACUCUGCCAGCUCUCACCUCCAGCUGGGCUGCCCAGCAUGAACGUGCAGUGGAGGAAAAUUGGACCAGGAUUUAUCCUGGUUCAUGAGUACAUGGAUGAGGGUACCCAGGACCUGCCGGGGGAGGGUUACCGGACCCGGACAGAGCUGUUCCGGCAGGAGUUCAGCAGCGGGAACGUCUCACUGAAGCUGAAACGGCUCCAAGCGGCAGAUGCUGGGAAGUACCAUUGCUUUGUGAGGAACCCAGAUUGGAGCCUGGAAACCACCACUGAACUACAGGUUGCAGCUGUGACUCCAGUGUUCAUUGAGGUGCUGGGCCACCGGGGCCAGGGGAUCGGGUUGGCCUGUAGAUCCACAGGCUGGUUCCCCAAACCCGAACUCCAGUGGGUUGGAAAGAACUGGAAGAAUCUGUCAAUGGAGAUUGUGACCAAUGUGACUCAGGACAGGGAGAACCUAUAUAGUAUUGUGAGUCACGUCACUGUCACAGAAGGAGAAGACAAUGGAGACAUCAGCUGCAUAGUGCGGAAUGGCCUGCUGGAGACCGAGCGACAAUCGGCCAUUCACCUCUCACGUGACAUCUUCCCCCGUGUUUCUCCCUGGCUGGUUGCAUUCUGGGUGAUGUUCACUCUGGUUCUCAUUGCUGCUGGAGCUUGUGCAUAUCUUGGAUACACAGCGAAGCGAAAGGCCUCUCAGAAGAAACGCUCUAAAGAGGAGGCUCUUUCACUUCUUGAGACUGAGAAGAAGACUGUGGACACAGAACGCCAGGAGCUGCGUCAGUUGCUUGAUGCUGAGAGGAAGGUCUUUGAAUCAGAGCGCCAGGAGCUGCGUGAGACAAUUGCGUCUGAGGAGAAGAAGAACAAGCAGCUAGAAUCAGAGUGCACCAAUCUGCGUUGGACAAUUGCAUCUAAGGAAAAGAAGAUCAAGGAACUGGAAUCAGCAUCUCAGAAGGGUUGGUUCGGUUAAUGUCCCUGCAGGAGCUCCACUCUAGACAGGGCAGGCAGAGAGCUAGAGUUCAGGAGGGCUCGGAGCUACAUGGUCUGCAUCAUCCUGGAGCAAGUUUGGCAACACCCUGAAAUCACCGUCUCUGGGGAUGGCAGAAGAGUCCAACAUGACCCCCAAUCUCCAUGGCUGGCUGGCCUAUCUGGAUCCCUGAUAGCCCUGGGGAAGGGGGUUUGUGUCCAGGAAUCAUUAUGCUUUAGGCCUUGUCUACACUGCCACUUUACAGCGCUGCAACUUUCUCACUCAGGGUGUGAAAAAACACCCCCCCGAGCACUGCAAGUUUCAGUGCUGUAAAUUGUCAGUGUAGACAGUGCACCAGCUCUGGGAGCUACGCCCCUCCUGGGGUUGGGUUUUGUACAGCUCUGGGAGAGCUAUCUCCUAGCGCUGGUGCCACAACUACACAGCCAUGUUAAAGAGCUGCUGCGGCAGAACUUUAACAUUGCUAGUGAAGACAUACCUUUAAAGCCGGGUUUGAGGGGGUACUGGGAGGUGGAGGUGGGGGACAGCCCGUACUGGGAGCUGGGGGUGCUGAGUGAGACUGUGAGGGGCAGAGUGAGAUAGGAGAGACUGGAGAGACCUCCUGAGGGGGGAGCUGGGCUCUGGGGAGAUCUGGGGGAGCAGUAUCACCCCAGUGAGGCCAACACUGUGAUCUGGAACUGGGGUGUGACACCGACAGUGAUUGGUGUGUAUCUGUAUCUAGAAGGGGGGAGUCUCUCAUUCUACAGUGUCAGUGCAAUGGCCCUUUUCCUGGAGAUUCCUGUGGAAGGUUCUGAGAUUGUUCCCAUUCCUCAGCCCUGGUCAUGCUGUGGGGAGGGACCAGGGAAAACCCCUCAGCAUCUGCCCCCCCCAGCGACUGGGAUUUCCACAGAAAUUAGGAGUUAGUGGGUCUGUUAUUCAGGGAGAUCCCACAGCCUCUGCACAACCCCCUGCCCUCAGGGACAGGAAGGGGCUGGAAAAAUCAUAGAGCCACAUGCAACUGAAGAAACAACUUCAGCACCUGGCCAGCACUCGGCCCUAGAGACAAGGAAGUGAAAGAAAACAGCUCAUGUGGGAUACAAUAAAUCCAAAAGCAUCUACCCACUGACCUGCUUCCCAAGUUGAGGAUGGGGAAUAAAACAGAGCAGGAGCAUCCACAACUGCAAACAGCCCCCAAAGAGAAGGGGGAAAGAAACAUCAAAAUCCUGAGGUCUGAACCCCUCCCAUGGGGCAAAGGGAAUCACACAGAGAAAAACGCUCAGAACUUGACUCUUGAGGGGUCUCUGGAGAUGACUUUUGUUCCAGGGAUACCAGGGCCAGGAAAUACGAUGGCGGAAUCAGACCCAAACACCAACACCUGGGAAAGAACCUCACCCCACAGGGAACGCGGGGAAAUGGUGACACAUCAGAUGUUUCCUCCCCCUGAACUCAAAGGAAAACCGCAGCAAUUCAUGAUAAUGCUUUGCCCCGACCCCCAGUUACAUCAGAAUGUGCUGAUUGGAGGGAAUUGCGUUAACGCAACUGUUAAAUGUAGAAAAUUCAAUACACACUGAUUGGGAGAUGCAGGGGGGAAGGGAAGGGUCUCGCAGUAGCACUGACUCACUCCCAUCGCAGACACACACACACACUGCUCCUGCCAGCCUCAGGCCGUGUGAGUGGGUGACAGGAUUGGUCACUCGGUGUAUCAGACUGGGUUGUGAAAGCCUCACACUGAGAAGCACCCCGAGGGCUGAAUCUGUCCCCCAACCACCAGAGCCCUCCCCUGGGCUCUAGCAGGGCUGGCUGGGCUCAUGGGGCAGCAGGGACGAUAGAUGAUGCUGCAGAAGCUUCUCAUGGAAAAAGGACGUGGGGAGGUUCAGACGCUGUUGGAAAUUGUAGCAAGGGGGCUGGGGUGCAGGAGGAGAACAGGCUGCCAGCUGCAGCGUUGUCAAGUCUCAUGGUGUCACAGAGUGAGAAUUUUUCAUAAUAUUUUGGAUAAAUAUGGUGUGUGCCUCAGUUUCCCCCAUGUGGUAUAUGGUUAACUAGGUGGGGGGAGGGGGAAGGGUGUUUGCUCUUUGCAGAGGCCCAGAGACACAGGUGUGACCAAUGCCCAGCUGCCCGCACCUGGAGCCCCUGGAGACUCUCAGGAGACAAUGGCCACUCCAAUUGCCUGUAUAUUCGGCACCUAGCAACAAAUGACCAUGGAUGGCCCCACCCACCUUGGGAAGCCAGCUGGGUGUGACCAGCUUGAGGACAAAGGAUGGGGGAGGGGCCAGGUGGGGUUGUUAAAUUUGGGCUGUUGAAGGCAGAGAGAAUCUCCUGGACUGGGACUAAAGAAGGGUCUGAUGUCUCUGGACUGACCCAGGUGGAUUAUGCUGGAACUUUUGAUUCUCUGUGUUCUAAACACCUAAUAAACCCCCUGCUGUUACAAUGCUGGCUGAGAGUCACUCCAGAGUCAGGGAAUCGGGGAUGCACUGCUCCCUUUGGAUAUGCAAGUCUCCCCCAGGUGUCCAGCUCAGACGGACUCACUGAGGGGAGCUCACCGCAUGAAGCCAGGGAGUUGAAAGCUCUGAGAUUCGGUCCCAGGAGACCGUGAAGCCAAGUGGCUUACCCUACGGACAGUGUGACCCUACAUGGGCUGACACAUUGAAAGGGACCUCCCAGGGACUGUUCCAGAGCACCAGACCUGUGGAUCCAUGACACAUGGUAUUUGCUGCUUCUUUUAAAGCCCCAGCUCCUGGAGUCCUGGGGUUGUGGGAGAAUCUCAGUUUUGGUUUAAAGCAAAUAAAA